GACCGAUACACCGUCAAAAGUCACGCGUUAAACCUACCAAUAACAGCUCGUUACAUCCGUGUUCAUACGAUUACAUUGCGUAGCUACAUUGCAAUGAGGGUGGACUUCUACGGUUGUAUUUCAGGUAAGAAGUGGUUCUGCCUUAGGUCAUUCUCUGUUGGUGCAUUGACAACUUAUGAAUCUCUCCAUCCUACCUCAGUUUGCAAUUAGAUGUUCUCAAAAGGUCAUCAUUUGUUGUUGGCUUCUUUCCUGCAAGGAAUCAAUGCAACGGUUAGAUCAGUUACCAGGUGAAACUCACAACUGACGUAGAACAUAGAAGUUCAUGCGAAGGUUAUUACUUGCAUCAUGAAAAAAACGUGGAUGUGAUAUCUAAUUAUCUUAAUGUUUAUUGGUCGUGUGUAUCUUAGUAACUUUGACUCGAAGUAAGUGAGUUGUGAACCUGUGUGAAAAGAUCUUCUUCCAUUAGAAUGCUCAUGACAUCACUAACCUAAGCUUGGAGAAGAACUUAGACUGAGUCUGUUCACUGGGCAUUCUAUCGAAUACAAAGUUGUUGGAUUCAGAAAAGAAACAAAUGCUUUUGGCAAGGCUAUCUAUAUUACGUUUUCUUAUUUGUAACCCUUUCUAUUUAUAUUGAUGUAGCCUCUCGGAAAGAACAUCUCAAUGGCCGUUUUCAGACUGCACAUAGUGUGACGAUCUAAUUACAGAACAUAAACACGAAAGUUCGGUUAAAUCCAGUCUUUCUCUCUCCAUUAAUUUGUUUUGACAAUUUUGCUCUCAUUUUCCUUGAUCCCCCAGUUCCAACUGCUGUAUACCCUUUCAAUGGCGCGUUUGGCACCAGAGAUUUAGGUCCCCAUCAAAAUUCACCAGGCAUUCCGUAUAAUAUACAACUCGCUCCAGGUCCCUUUGGGCAGCCAAGUGGCUCUAUCCGGUUCUCUGGUACUCCCUUUAGCUACAUCGAGUUCCCCAACACGGGGGACUGGACACAAGGUUUUCCUUGACAAUCCUGCUGUGGGUGUUUCCAGAAAAUGUCAACGGUCCCAUGAUUAAUUACGGAACUAAAUAUUCUAGUGUUCAUUUUUGGAUCGAUAAUGGUGAAACUUGGGCCAGAUUGGUGGAAAGACUCGGAGGUGUUUCAGGAGUGGUACUACGAAAUUCUUUGAACCAUCAUCCGUGGAAUUUUAUUGCACUUUCUUAUGACUAUGUGACAGGCGUUCAGAGAGUUUGGAGCGACGGAAAAGUUUAUGAUGCUGCAAACGUUGGUCAAUUUGGGCUAAAAACUCAAGAUGUCAUCAGAAUGGGAGUGAAAGAUGGAGAUCCAAGAUUUCUUAAAGGGAGAAUAUAAUCUUGCUUUCAAGUGUAUGACAGGGCUUUGACUGAGGGAGAAGUACAAGCUGUAAGAGGACUCUGUUUUAGAAAAGGUUAGUGAACCUUGUAGUAACUGUAAAUUUAUAUAAAAAGAUUAUAUGGUAAUUACCCGAUGCAUGAAAUCCCCACCUAGACCUAAAAGCCUAUCAUGCCAAUGUGACAAGGAUUAUUUGCCCCAUCAUAUUAAAAGUAAGUGCCCUUAACUUGAGAUGUUUCUGGAUUUUAUUAUUAUAUAUGGUCUUUGCGGGUAAUUUUGGAGAUUCAGCGAUGUUUGCAUCGUAGGAUGCUUUCAAAAUCCUUUCUAGUGGGUAAGCCCUCUUGACUUAAUGCUCAAUUUCAAAUAUAAAUAAUACCUAUGCAUCGCAAAAUAUAUGGAUUUGUAAAAUUCAUUACGUAUCUUUCCUUCUACGGCUUAUCUUCGCGAACAAAUGUACUCAAAUACAAUAGUGCGUUAUGGAAUCUUUUUUUUAUCUAUCAGUUUCAUCGAAUCCAGUGGCCUUUUUCUCGUUGAAUGGACAAUACGAGACAACAGACGCCAGUCACAGCCACAACCCUUCAGGUAAAGUGUCGAAUCUUGAAUCAGCCUCAUGGCCCGACGGUAACAUGGGAGGUUCGUAUCAGUUCUGGGGGAACUUAACCAGCUUCAUACAAUUCCCAAACCUCGGAGGACUGGACACGAGAUACUCGAUGACGCUUUUGGCUUGGAUCUAUCACGAACAGAUUAAAGGUCCGAUC